AUGAGCACCCUCUUGCCAGAUUCUUUUCAUGUGGGAUCUGUAGGUGCACAGGCAGAUUCAACGAGGCCCACACUACCAGCUCAUUCGUUUGGAACUUGCGAUCGUGAAAGCGCUCGAAUGAAAGUCUACAUGUCUAGAAAACUGGAGAAGUCCAAGGCCAAGCUCAAUUCCCCGGGUCCAGUCUACGACGUCCCCUCGGCAGUGGGAGCAGCCCCAAGCUUCUCCUUCGGAACGGACGUGCAGCGGAAGCACGAUCCCAAAAAGUAUCCUGACUCGACCGUGGACCUGACAUGUGCCACAGUCGACACGCAGAAAGUGAAGUAUGCCAAGACUCCGGGCUGCCACUUCGGCACUGAGCAGAAGCUCAGCCUCAAGAAUGCGGAGAUCAUCCGCACUCAUGCGGGAUUGGCUCUGGGCGCAGAGUCCCCGAGUGCCCUGGAAUAUCACGUCAAGGAGGUGGCCAAGCGCGUGCCUGCCUACUCCUUUGGGCCCACAGAGUCCAUGACGCCACGGAAGCCGGAGCCCAGGGUGCAGCUCUUGCAGUCGAGCACACCGGCACGGGUUGGCCCCGGCUCCCACCCGACGCCAUCAAGCCUUGGCCAGCAGCCGAUGUCUCCACGCCCCACCGCGCCGGCCUGGACGAUGCCCGGCCGCAGUCCCCGCGAGAAGACGCAGACGGAGGCUCUUGCGAUCGAGGACAAAGUCUUCAGCUCCAUCGGGAAGCAGGUGCUGUCCACAAUCCGAUCUCCUCCCUCUGUGGCCACGACGAAGUCCACCCGCGACCAAGUCAACAGGACUGCCCUCUUUGUCUCCGAGAUGGACAAGACAGACACUGCACGAGGACCGAAGCCUCACUUCAAUCUGGAGCUCCCGGCCAUCAAACGGGGCGGCGGGAUUGGCAUGUAG